AUGGCGUCUCACCAGCAAAACAGGAUUCAAGCCUACCUGGAAAGGAACAAGAUCGGGCCCCUGUUCGAGGAACUGAUGACCAAGCUGAUAACAGAGACUCCUGAUCAUCCAAUCCCAUUUCUCAUUGACCAUCUUCAGUCUAAACAGGGGAUCCAGGGUCAGAUUCAGAGGACAUUAUCUGGAUCUGCUGCUCUCUGGGCAGAGAGUGAAGCUUCAGAACACAAGGGAACAAGAAGGGAUUUCAGAAGUUAUGAUAAACCCUGGCAGACAAAUGCAAAGAAGCCUAAAAAAUCAAAAAGUGACCUUGCAGUAUCCAGCAUUUCUCCUCCAUCACCAGAAUCUAAAUCAUUGCCUCGAUCAGUAGGACACCUGAAAUGGGAUUGGAGGUCAAAAUCAGAGCAUCAUGAUUUUGACGAAUUAAACCAUAUCCUUCAAGAAAGUAAGAAACUUGGCAAAGCUCUUGAAAAUCUUUCUCGAAGCAUUGCAGUUUCUGAUGAGCUUGAUAAGGAAACAGCAGCCUUUAAUACUCCACUUCUUCGGCCUCGGGUUGUUGGAGAAUGGAUUGGACGUGAAGAAAAUGAUGCAGAUCCACUGGCUGAUGAAAUGUUGCAGCCUCCAGUACCAAGAAGCAAAAUGGAACAGUGGGAUAGUGAAGAUAGUAGCAGUCCUGGAGGAAGUUUAAAGAUGAAACCAAAGACUAAAGGACUGAAACAUCAGCAGCAACAACAUAAGAAAUUGCUGGCUGCUAUGCUUUCACAAGAUUCAUUUGAUUCUCUACUGAGCACAACUCCUUCAGUAACAGAAGAAGAUAUUGACAAUGAAGAUGAUGCCAUGGAACUACUGGAAGAUCUUGAUGAUUUAAGAAUGGAAGGGGUAACCAGCGUGGUCUCUACUGGAAGCAAAUUUAACCAGACUCGAAGUUCACAUACAGCUGAACCACAAGCCAAAGUCACCCUGAACAUCUGCGCAAGAUGUGCCAGGUUGCAAGGAGAUACUUUGACAGAAACAGCAGAGGAUCCAUCUGUUGUCUCUCAGACAUUUGAGCAAGAAGGAUCAGAAUCUAUGGAGCCUGGGACAGAAAUCUCAAUGGAGAGUGUUGAUGAAGUGGAGAAUGUAUCCCAAGCAACUGAGCGGAAUCAGCCAGCCUGGCCUCUAGACAUUAUGGGUUCCAGAAGUAGAGACUCUUCAAGUCAGAAACUAUUAGAAGAUUCACUGGCCACAAAAGAACUACAAACCAUGGAAAAACACCUCUCUGACAUUGCAAAGGACCUAGCGCUGUGGGAAGAAGGAAGGCUAUCAAGAAAUACCACUGGACAAUCAACUCAUGUAAUUCCACUAGAUCACCAGGGAAAUUUUAAAGUUACCCUCAGCCAGGAUUCAGGACCAGUUCAGAGUGGGAAAGAUGUUCAGCUCCAGUUUCAAAAAAACAAAUCACCACCAUUAUCCAGUAACAAUAGCCUGCUAGUCUCCAGUGUCACAAACAGUAGACCUCAGUCUUCCAAUACACAGACCAACAGAUCUUCUGGGCUGCCAACUCUAGUAAACAGGUCUGCAACCCCAAAUACUUUGUUACAAAGACCUGUUUCCCCUAACAACCAAGGAAACAAAGAAGGAACCAUUAGUAUGCAAAGAAGCCAGUCUUUAAUAUCAAAGAAUCAACUUGGAAGGACCAUCAGCACUCCUGCAGGGCAUCCUGAAACAACUGGAGUUGCUCUAGGAAAUAUCACUCAAAGAAGCAGUAUGUCUGAAGAUGACUUCCUGCAACAACUUCAGCUUGCUCACCAGCCAUGGAUUUUGCCAACUGAUACUGAAAGUGAAGAAGUGGAAGUGAAUCGAGAUAAAUGCUUGUGAAUGAAAUUGUGGAUGCAAUGAAGAACAAUUUAUCCUAAGUAUAUAACUUGCAGAUGACUAGCUAUUUUAAUUUAUUGUGCGAAAUAGAAGCUUAUUUUUAUAAAUGCAACGCAAGUGGAAUUAUUGUAAAGUGCGGAUACUGCAAUAUACCAAACUCCAGAUCUUACUAUG